CAUAAAAUGGUGUAUUAUUACUUUUCCUUAAUAAAGAUUCCCAUCUACAUACAAAAUGGUCUCUAGUACCUGAAAAAAAGAAUCCAACAAAAUCCGAUUCCAAACCCAACUUUUCCCCUUCCUCCUUUAUUUUGAAAUUUCUCUUACUCAUCACUUUCCACCUGAUUUUUUUCUCCUCUAAUCACAGCUUGUUUUCCAGUCCUCUCUCCUCAAAGACUCUCUCCCUCUCUUGGGUUUUCAUCUCAAGAAUCCAGACAGGGAGAGUGUGAAGCUUCAGAAAUCUCAGGAGGAACUAAUUAAACAAAGAAAUUCAAAAAGUUGUUGCUGCAAAAUCUAGAGGAUUCUUCUUCUUCUUCUUCUUCAAAAGUUAGGGCAAAAGGUUUAUGCAAAUGAAUGGUGGGGUUGUGGGGGAUCAGCUCAUUAAUGGGCUUUCCCUGUAUACCUACUCCUCUUUCCUGGAUUUUCUAGGGUCUUUAUGGUUCUGAGCAUGCAUUGCAGUCUGCCUUGUUUCACUCUCUGAAUGGAAAACUAGUUAAAGGAAAGGCUUGAGAAAUUGUAAUCAGGAGAGAUGAAGAAACAUGGGUUUAGCGAGUCAAUAAAAUCCUUCUUUGGGGAUCACAUUCAUCAUGAGAAAACCCAAGAACAUGAAAGUAAUAAAACAGAUUUCGAGGAUAAAGUAAAGAAAUUGUUGAAGCUGACCAAAGAAGUAGAUAAUGAGGCAGAAUCUGACAAAAGUUCAGAAAUCGUUCAUCUGGUUGAGAAUGUCCGCGAACAAUAUGAAUCCCUCCAUAAUCGUUACAGUCAUCUCACUGGACAGCUACGAAGCAAGGCUGAUUACAAGGGUAAAACAAAUGGAAGCUCUUCAUCUUCCUCCAGCUCAGACUCGGAAUCUGACCAUUCUUCGAGGAAGCAAACCAAGAAAAAAAGCAAAGGAGAGAAUGGGUCAAAGAAUCUUACAGAAAGCCUGAAACAUGAACCUGAAGUUACAAAUAAGAAAUUGGCUGCUAUCAGUGAUGAGAUAGAAGCUUUAAAUUUGAAAAUGCAAGAAUCAGAUAAAAUCAUUGAAGAUCUCAAAAAGAUAGAAGCUGAACUGAACCAGAAAUUGGAAGGCAGAAAGAAAGAAAAUGAAGCUUUGAUCACGGAGAAUUCAACGGUUGUGGCCAAGAUGGAAGAGAGGGAAGAUGCAUUUUCUGCACUUUCAAAGAAAUACUCAGACCUCGAAAGUGAAAAAUCAGCUGCAGUUCAAGGGUUAGAGGCGCAGAUAGCUGACCUCAAACUGGAAUUGGACGCCCUAAGUACCAGAGAAAAGGACCUUCAAGAACAAAUUGGAAGUAAAACCAGUGAAGCUAUACAGUUGAGAGAGGAAAACUCCAGUUUGCAGUUACUCAAAACUGAAUUGCAAGAUCAAGUUUUGGCCGUGGAAAGCAAAUUGAGCGAAAAAAUAGAAGAGCUCUCUGGCGUUCUGAGCAACCUUCAACAGGAAAUAGACACGUUGAGACUUCAGAAUGGCGAAUUGGAACAACAGGUGAAGACCAAAACCUCCUAUGCUAACCAGUUGAAAGAGGAUAUUUCUGCGUUGGACAUUCUGAAAUCCAACUUGGAAGGUCGAAUUAUUGGUUUGGAAGAAGAUUUGAGAUCGAAAGAAGGUAAUCUCAAUGACCUCCUGAAACAACUCGAGGAUGUUAAGACUAAAACAUCAGAAGAAGGUGAUGCCUUAAGGGAGGAUUUAACAGCAAAAAUAAAGAACUUGGAACUGGAGGUAGGCUCGUUGGGUACCCAGAAAAGCGAGCUAGAAGAGCAGUUAAGCAUUAAAGUCAGCCAGGCAGAACAGUCAUGGGGAGAGAACUCUGGGAUGCGAAUGUUGAAAUCUAGCAUGGAAGAACAGAUCUCUAAUCUGAAUAAUUUGGUAGAGGAAAUGAAAGGGAAAGAAGAGAACCUUUAUGAUCAGCUAAGAAAAGUUGAGGGUGACAAGAACGAAGCACUGGCAGAAACCGAUACACUAGUGGAAGGGUUAAAGACACAGUUAAGCAGCCUGCAACUUGAAGUAGAUUCAUUGAGCAGCCAUAAAAAUGAGUUAGAGGAGCAGGUAAAAGCUAUGUCCUAUGAAUCUGAACAGUCGAGAGCAGAAAAGUCUGAGUUUCUACUACUGAAAUCCAGCAUGGAAGAACAGAUUGCAGAUUUGAAUAAUUUGUUAGAGGAAAUGAAAGUGAAAGAAGAGAACCUUGGUGAUCAGCUAAGAAAAGUUGAGGGUGACAAGAACGAAGCACUAGCAGGAACCGAUACACUAGUGGAAGGAUUAAAGAUACAGUUAAGUAGCCUGCAAGUGGAAGUAGAUUCCUUGAGCAGCCAGAAAAGCGAGUUAGAGGAGCAGGGAAAAACUAUGUCCCAUGAAUCUCAACAGUUGAGAGAAGAAAACUCGGAUCUGCUACUAUUAAAAUCCAGCAUGGAAGAACAGAUUACAAGUUUGAACAAUUUGUUAGAGGAAAUGAAAGUGAAAGAAGAAAACCUUUGUGCUCAGUUGACAAAACUCGAGGAUGGCAACAACGUAGCAGCAGCAGAAAUCAGUUCAUUAGUGGAAGUAGUCGAAGGAUUAAAGAUACAAGUAAGCACCCUGCAGCUUGAAGUAGAUUCCUUGAGCAGCCAGAAAAGCGAUUUGGAAGAGCAGGUAAAGAUUAGUACCAAUGAAUCUGAACAAUUAAGCGCAGAAAACUCAGAGCUUCACGCUAAACAAACUACCCUGCAAGAAGAAGUUUCAGCAUUGAACCAGGAGUUGAAAGAGAGAGAGGAAAGUUCCUCAGGGAAAGUCGACGCACUAACGGAUCAAGUUAAGAAUCUGCAAGAAGAGCUGAUAACGUGUAAAAUUGCGUUGGAAAGAGCAGAAGAGAAUCUAAACGAGCUUCAAGCAAGGCUGCAAACAUCGGAUAAAGAGAAGGCAAAUAUAUCUGAGGUAACGGAGUCAAAAACUGCGAUGAUUGAGAUGCUGCAGAAAAAACAACUAGAUUUACUUUCAAAUAUUUCAAAGUUACAGGAGGAGAAGGGUGACUUUGAAGUGAAGCUCCAUCUAUCAAACAGGAGGCUGGUUGUAGCAGAGAAAACACUGAGCGAGAAAGAAGCAACCUAUGGGAAAGCAGAAAAGGACUAUCUUCAAGAACGUAAAUCACUUGAAGAACGAGUUGCUUUAUUAACAAAUGAGAUUUCUUCUGCUAGGAGUGAUCUAAAGGAGACCAAAGAUUGUAUCCAGAAAGCAGUUAAUGCGUUCAAUGAACUGGAGGUGUCUGUACAGAGCUCUAUGGUAGAUCAAGCAUCAAAUGAGAAUCGCAUUUCAAAAUUCACUGAAGAGCUUCAAGAUGCGAAGAUAUGGGCAACAGGAAUGAACAAAGUAAAAGACACAUUGCAGAAAAAGAUGACUUCUUUAUCUGAAGAGCUUAAAGAGAAGAAAGAAAAGGAAUCAUCGUUAAGACAGAAGGUCGAGAAGUUAGAGCUACUGAUAAACGAGGAACACCAAGAGAAGGAGAGCUUAUCGACUAAAGUGGAAGUGUUGGAGAAGAAUCAGAAAGAGAUGAAAGAAAUGAUGAGUUUUAGAGAUGAAGAGAAAAGAGAAGCCAUUAGACAACUCUGUUUAUGGUGUGAUUACCGCAAUGAACAGUUCGACCGUCUUAAGGAAAUUGCUUCCAAAAUGCUCCAGAGGCACCAAAGAACUCCUUAAUCUCAGUGUGUAUUUCCCUCCCUGUUAGAUUCUUACCAGUUGAUACAAUUUCAUCCUUCAAUUUUUUGUAAUCUGUGUUAUUUUUCUUUUCCAAAUUUUAUUUUUGUAUCUUGAUUUUAGAACAUAAGCAAGUUAGCCAUCUUCAAUUCAUUCAGUUAGUUCAAUAAAAUAUAAUGAGAGGGUAAUUGUUUAA